AUAUAUUCUUCUCACUUCUCAUUAUCCCACCUUUCAUCGUCUUCCCCAAAACCCUAGCCGCAGUCACUUCCAUAGGUGUUUUGCAGCCAAUCCAUUUUCCAAGCCAUGGCGGAAGUUGAAGCUGAUGUUGCGACCGGCCAGCCAAGGAAGAGAACGUUUAAGAAGUUCAGUUACAGAGGAGUUGAUCUGGAUUCUCUUCUUGACAUGUCUACUGAUGAGCUCGUCAAGCUUUUCCCUGCUCGUCCUCGCAGAAGGUUCCAGAGGGGUUUGAAGAGGAAGCCUAUGGCUUUGAUCAAGAAGCUCCGCAAGGCGAAACGUGAGGCCCCACCAGGUGAGAAGCCAGAGGUUGUGAGAACACAUUUGAGGAACAUGAUCAUUGUACCUGAGAUGAUUGGAAGCGUUAUUGGAAUCUACAAUGGGAAAACAUUCAAUCAAAUUGAGGUCAAGCCUGAAAUGAUUAGUCACUACUUAGCUGAGUUCUCCAUCUCGUACAAGCCUGUCAAGCACGGUAGGCCUGGUAUUGGUGCUACUCACUCUUCAAGGUUCAUUCCAUUGAAGUGAUUGGGGCAGAGCUUGUCUUCAUGUUUUCUAGUAAUACUAGUACUUCGUUUUACUGCAAUUUUGAUGAGAACAGUUGGUACUGAAUGGUGAUCGGUUUGAGACUGGUAAUUUCUGUUGGUACUGAUACAUUGCUAUAUUUCUGUUAUUGUGCUUAUCUAGAUCCUUGUUCCAUUUUGCCUU